AUGGCGGAAACACUGGAAUUCAACGACAUCUACCAGGAGGUGAAAGGCUCCAUGAAUGAUGGUCGGCUGAGGUUGAGCCGCCAAGGCAUCAUCUUCAAGAACAGUAAGACGGGCAAAGUGGACAACAUCCAGGCCGGGGAGCUGACGGAAGGCAUCUGGCGCCGAGUGGCUCUGGGCCACGGACUGAAACUGCUCACAAAGAACGGCCACGUCUACAAGUAUGACGGCUUCCGAGAAUCGGAGUUUGAGAAACUCUCUGAUUUCUUCAAAACUCACUAUCGCCUUGAGCUAAUGGAGAAGGACCUCUGUGUGAAGGGCUGGAACUGGGGAACGGUGAAGUUUGGUGGGCAACUGCUUUCCUUUGACAUUGGCGACCAGCCGGUCUUCGAGAUACCCCUCAGCAACGUGUCCCAGUGCACCACAGGCAAGAACGAGGUGACGCUGGAGUUCCACCAGAACGAUGAUGCAGAGGUCUCGCUCAUGGAGGUGCGCUUCUAUGUGCCCCCCACCCAAGAGGAUGGCGUGGACCCAGUUGAGGCCUUCGCCCAGAACGUGCUGUCUAAGGCGGACGUGAUCCAGGCCACGGGAGACGCCAUCUGUAUCUUCCGGGAGCUGCAGUGUCUGACGCCCCGAGGACGGUACGACAUUAGGAUCUACCCCACGUUUCUGCAUCUGCACGGCAAGACCUUCGACUACAAGAUCCCCUACACCACGGUGCUGCGCCUCUUCCUGCUGCCCCACAAGGACCAGCGCCAGAUGUUCUUUGUGAUCAGCCUGGAUCCCCCCAUCAAGCAAGGCCAGACCCGUUACCACUUCCUGAUCCUACUCUUCUCCAAGGAUGAGGACAUCUCCUUGACUCUCAACAUGAAUGAGGAGGAGGUGGAGAAGCGCUUUGAGGGGCGGCUCACCAAGAACAUGUCGGGAUCCCUCUAUGAGAUGGUCAGCCGGGUCAUGAAGGCACUGGUGAACCGCAAGAUCACAGUUCCGGGCAACUUCCAAGGGCACUCCGGGGCCCAGUGUAUCACCUGCUCCUACAAGGCGAGCUCAGGGCUGCUGUACCCGCUGGAGCGGGGCUUCAUCUACGUCCACAAGCCACCGGUGCACAUCCGCUUCGAUGAGAUCUCCUUCGUCAACUUUGCCCGUGGCACCACCACCACACGCUCCUUUGACUUUGAAAUUGAGACCAAGCAGGGCACUCAGUAUACCUUCAGCAGCAUUGAGAGGGAGGAGUAUGGGAAGCUGUUCGAUUUUGUCAACGCAAAAAAACUCAACAUCAAAAACCGAGGAUUGAAAGAGGGCAUGAACCCCAGCUACGAUGACUAUGCUGACUCUGAUGAAGAUCAGCACGAUGCCUACUUGGAGCGGAUGAAGGAGGAGGGCAAGAUCCGGGAGGAGAAUGCCAACGACAGCAGCGAUGACUCGGGCGAAGAAACGGAUGAGUCUUUCAACCCAGGUGAAGAGGAGGAGGACGUGGCAGAGGAGUUUGACAGCAACGCCUCUGCCAGCUCCUCCAGUAACGAAGGCGACAGUGACCGGGAUGAGAAGAAAAGGAAGCAGCUUAAAAAGGCCAAGAUGGCCAAGGAUCGCAAGAGCCGCAAGAAGCCUAUGGAGGUGAAGAAGGGCAAAGACCCCAAUGCCCCCAAGAGGCCCAUGUCUGCCUACAUGCUGUGGCUCAAUGCCAGCCGAGAGAAGAUCAAGUCCGACCAUCCCGGCAUCAGUAUCACUGAUCUGUCCAAGAAGGCGGGUGAGAUCUGGAAGGCAAUGUCCAAGGAGAAGAAAGAGGAGUGGGAUCGCAAAGCUGAGGAUGCCAGGAGGGAAUAUGAAAAAGCCAUGAAAGAAUAUGAUGGGGGCAGGGGUGAGUCUUCUAAGAGGGACAAGUCAAAGAAGAAGAAGAAAGUAAAGGUAAAGAUGGAAAAGAAGUCAACACCCUCUAGGAGCUCAUCAUCCAAGUCAUCAUCAUCAAGGCCGCUCAGUGAGAGCUUCAAGAGCAAAGAGUUUGUGUCCAGUGAUGAGAGCUCUUCAGGAGAGAACAAGAGCAAAAAGAAGAGAAGGCGGAGUGAGGACUCGGAAGAAGAGGAACUAGCCAGCACUCCCCCCAGCUCAGAAGACUCUGCGUCCGGAUCUGAUGAGUAG